AUGGGGCCAACUCUGCCAGCAUUUGGUCGGCGCGUGGGGUCGCGUGGAGAGCCCUUUGGCAAUGGGGUUUUGUGGGGUGGGUCGUCAAGGGGAUCUACUUAUAGGUGUAUGGUUUUGGCUGGAAAUCAGAAUGGUGCUGCAAAUGAUGGAACAGGCGUCGACUUUCGGGGAAACCCAGCCGAUAAGUCCACGACCGGGGGAUGGCUUGCUGCAGGCCUCAUCUUAGGGGCAGAACUGUCGGAGAGGGUGUGCGUGCCGGGGAUAUCCAUGAACUUAGUAACGUACUUGAUCAGAGAUUUGCACAUUCCUUCGUCGAAAUCGGCAACCAUCGUGACCAACUUUUUGGGCACUCUUAAUCUGCUAGGGCUUGUGGGUGGUUUCUUGGCAGAUGCCAGGCUUGGCCGGUACCUGGCCGUUACACUCUUUGCUUCCAUAACAGCUUUGGGCGUGACACUGUUAGUCCUGGCCACAACCCUUCCCGGCAUGACACCCCCUCCCUGCACUACUGACUACAGGCAACAACGCCAUUGCAUUGAGGCCAGCGACCAGCAGCUCGUGCUGCUCUAUGCUGCUCUCUAUACCAUAGCCCUCGGCGGUGGAGGGAUCAAAUCCAAUGUCUCGGGUUUUGGGUCCGAUCAGUUCGAUAAAUCAGACCCCAAGGAAGAGAGGGCCAUGAUAUUCUUCUUCAACAGGUUCUACUUCUGCAUCAGCAUUGGUCCUCUGUUCGCAGUAACAGUUUUGGUGUACAUGCAAGACAAUGUUGGAAGAGGGUGGGGUUAUGGGGUAUCAGCAGGGACGAUGGUGAUUGCAAUCCUUGUUUUGCUUGGUGGCACACCCUUUUACAGAUUCAAGCAGCCCCACGGAAGCCCUUUGACUGCCAUAUGGAGAGUCUUGUUUCUGGCUUGGAAGAAGAGGAGCUUCCCUCAUCCUUCCCAUCCCAGUCUACUGAAACAUUACCACAACUCCCAGAUUUCACAUACAGAACGGCUGAGGUGUCUUGACAAGGCAGCAAUCGUAGAUGACUAUGCAGCAAUGGAGGAAAACAGAAAUGACCCUAGGAUAGUUUCUACUGUGACCCAAGUUGAAGAGGUGAAAAUGGUACUAAAGCUCAUUCCUAUCUGGUCCACCUGUAUCCUCUUCUGGACCGUCUAUUCUCAGAUGACGACCUUCACCAUAGAGCAAGCCACCUUUAUGAACCGAAAGAUAGGUUCCUUUGCUGUUCCUUCAGGUUCCUUCUCUGUGUUUCUCUUCAUCACCAUCCUCCUCUUCACAUCCCUAAACGAAAGGAUCUUCAUCCCCCUCGCCCGGAAAUUCACCCACACUGUCCAAGGAAUCACAAGCCUCCAGAGAAUUGGGAUUGGACUCUCUCUUUCGAUAAUGGCUAUGGUAGCUGCUGCUAUUGUCGAGAAACAGAGGAGGGAACUGACCAUUGAACACAACACCCAGAUUCGAGCUUUCUGGCUAGUCCCACAGUUCUUCCUUGUGGGUGCUGGGGAAGCCUUCGCUUAUGUCGGGCAACUCGAAUUUUUUAUCAGAGAGGCACCCGAAAGGAUGAAAUCCAUGAGCACAGGAUUCUUCCUAAGCACAAUUUCAAUGGGGUACUUUGUCAGCAGUUUAUUGGUUUCCAUUGUGGAUGAAGUUACAAGUAGAAGGUGGCUCAGGAACAAUUUGAAUAAAGGGAAAUUGGAAAAUUUCUAUUGGUUGCUUGCAGUGCUGGGGUUGUUAAACUUCUUGGUUUUUCUUGGACUUUCUAUGAGACAUCAGUAUAAUGUGCAUAACAGCCCCAUCGACAGCAGGGAGAAGGAGAUCAACAAUACGAAUGGCAGAGCAACCCUCGAAAUGGAGAAAAAAGAGAUUGUUGAGGCAAACGAGUUACCCUAGCUUGCACACUUUUAAUGUAAUUUCUCUCUCAAGAAAUGCAUACAAGGUUUCUUGAAACCAUUUUACUUGCUUAUCAGAAGUUGCAUACACCCUUGCAGCGUAGUGAUUUUACAUGUGACAUUAUUGGUCAAUUAAGACUACAGUAUAGUGUUG